GUGCCAAUCAUACCCGCCACAGGCCGUGCUGCGUCGCGAGUUACCUUUUCAGACAGACAAGGUAGAGCACUUGCUUCGAUGCUCCGCCUGCUAGUUGGGGAACGUGCAGACGAGGAGGGACAGCAGUCGCUUCUAGCUGCCGUUCUUCGCUCUGUGCGGGCUUCGCUUCCGUACGAGGUCUGGGUUCGAGCACUGCCACGCCUUUGGCAGUGUUUACUCGUCCCUGCAGAAGCUGGAGGAAACCACACCGACCGGCAACGCGAGGAGGCUCGUCCGGUGCCCCUUGUUCCGAGCACAAGGGCUCUCGGGGGUGGUGCGCUUUCAAGAGGUCUUCACCAAGAGUUCAAUGCUGGCAAAAAUGUGGCAUUCGAUGACUUCGCUGCUAGUUUUUUGAAAAUUUUUGUGGAGAAAAAACCAAGCUUGCAGGGCUCCUUACCGUCUGCUUGCUCGUCCCCGGGGGAGGCGUCCAUGAUGGCAAACCUGUCACCCCCGCAAAAGCGGGCACGUUUUUCGGAGGAUGCCGAGAUGAAGACCAGUACUUCCUCCAGCGGGCGUCGUCUCAGUCGCACGUCCUCGGCAUCUUCUAAUCGUGCUCCUGGCCGUGGUCGCGAACGCAAGAUGGCCAAUCGCCCCACUGCAGAUCUUCAUCACAAGCCGGACGAAAGCCAGGCGCAGUCGGACUGGGAAUGGCUCCAGAAACACUGUCGUCAGCUUCUUCGCGAACCGAAUCUGGAAGGAAGGCUUGUGAACGAGCCACACGAGGACAAAUUCGUGAAUACCGAAGGGGAGAAGGUCGUGUCUCUGAUGAACUCCUACGAAGAGAAGGAAGACCGGCGUUGGCGAUCCAGCAACGACUUCCUGCUUCCGCAAGAGGCCCUGGAAGCGUUUUUGUGCGACUUGCUAAACUUGAAAUGCAGCUGGGGGCUGGAUCCAUUGCGCGCCACGGACGUGCAAUCGCUAUCAGCUUUUGUCAAUGUAUUGGUGGCACGCAGCGGAAUCUCGAUAGUACCAGGGAACAGCGGCUCUGAUGAACGGAUGAACGACCUUCAUCAUAAGGCAGAAAAAGACCACCUAGAGGUGGGAUUACACAAGAGCAGCGAAAAGGUGGCAUCCAUGUCCUUUGGGGCAGUCGAUCUUCAGCGGUGGCGGCGGCUGGUGCAGCAUCUGCACUAUCCCCAGCAUACUGAAACGAGCUGCGCUGCACAGGAGGCUGCGCUAGAUUAUUUGGCAGCCAUCUUGAGGAAAACCACAGAGCAAGCCUUUGUUGAUGCAUACGGUUCUUUGAGCGCAGGUGCCGCUGCCGGCGGUUUUCAAAAAGCGAAAGCGCAGUGCGAUCGUGUUACAAGGCAAGCACAGUUGCAGCGCACGGGAAAUGAUGUUGGACUGUUGACGUCGUCUCGCAAAUGUGGGCAGCCGUUCCUUUUUGAGCUCGUCCCGCGAUCAGGGCUUUCGCAGCGGAGAGGUAGUUGUAACUCAGCUACCGUGGCGAAGGGCCGCGAGAGCGAUCCGGCACUGGGCUCAGAGGAAAUCCUACUCGGGAGGAGUCUUGCGCCCUCUGGUGGACAUGUCGGCCCGGCCGGACGCUCUUUAUACGAUCACACUCGUUCCUUCAUCUUGGCAACAUCCACAUCGACGAAGCACUCUGGCGGCGACACAAGAACUAAGACUGCGACAGAGCAAGCGAAGCACGGACGAGAAAAUGCUGAGAAUCUUCUCAGGAGCAUGGACCCCGACAGCGGGGAAGCAGAAGAAAUGGAAAUCGAAGGGGGAAAUAACGCACAGACCGAAGCUGAAUCCCUGGAGGACGAUGACCAGAACAGCCAGAAGUUGGAGCUGGUUUCUUCUGUGACGCAAAACGUUGAAUGGCUCUGGAGUGUGUGCAAAAACAUCAAGAAGGUCGUCGUGGAACAAGACGGACGCGACAGGCCAGUGCCAGGAGCAAGCAAGAUGGAUGCUCGUGUGAAGGAGGUCGCGGCCUUGCUGGACAGUAAAAAACCCAUGGCACUUCAGGUGCCCGCCCAACAGUUGCAGCGGGCUCUAUCCAGCGAGGACGCGCCCGACCUGCCGAAACAACAGCGACUCUGCAAAGCGAUAACGAAGCAGGCCAGCAUUCCGUUUGGCCGGGCCGGUUUCACCUUCUGUGCGUUGGGGGAUGUUGGCACCACGGACGUGCUCCCCGUCCCGGACAUCAACUUGUCAGCCGUGUUUCCCAACGAGAGUGGGAGAACCUCGCACGGACGGGGAGCGGAAACUUCGGUAAAAGCGGUAUUUGUGUCGAUGUCUUUUCUGGUCGUUUUUUUUCUUUUGGACGAAGUAGCACUAUACACCGUGCAUGCUUGUUCGAAAGGACCUUGAAUAUCAUGUCGCACGCAGCGGCAGCGCAUGAUUUUUCGUAAGAUUCAGCGAUAGCUGCACUGAAUAGUAGUGAGUAGCAUCCACGACCUCAACAAAUAUUAUCACCAAAGCUCCCGGCUGUGUAUUUGGACCCGAACACAUACCCGCCCGCACGACACACGUGGGCGUGGUUUGCGAACGGGGUUGCAAGCUCGCUGCAAAUAAACCGUUUGUUAGUCGGACGGAGCUGGCUUCUGCACCACCGUGUGCUGGCUUACCAGCAUAACCCCGAGAAAAUCGGCGAAGCGAUCGGCGACCGAGUUUUCGGUGCGGGCUCGCGUGGUGCGGCAUCCGCUGCCAGCAUCGCGGGGUCGUUUCUGCUUCCGCCGCCGGCCAACUCCGAUGGAACGCCCAACAUGGGUCCAUUGAUCGGAAAAAACACGCACGCCGGGUUCUUGCUUGGGUUGGGACUGCGAGGGUUGCUGACGCGGGAGCGGUUGCCCACGGCGGAGUGCUACAAGUACCUGAAGCUCCAACAUGAAGCCACGACGAUCGCCAUUCUACUUGGGUCCGCAGCAUCCCAGCUACGGAAGAAGUGCUUGGUUUGCACGCGCAUGUGCGCGCUGCACCUGCCGGGCCAGUUUGCUUUCGACGCCCCCCCGACCGUACGCGCGGCGGGCGCGAUCGGGCUCGGUUUACUCUACGCGCAAACGGGGCAGAGAGGCAUCGCGGAGCUGCUCUCGAAAGACUUGCACAACCGCAACGAGUGCCAGCAACUGGCUGCCGCCUUCGCAGUGGGGCUGGUGCAGCUCGGAAGCAACAGAGCGUCAGCCGGCUGCGGCGCACUAGAAACAAGGCAGCACUUGUUCCUAACGAGGAACCCACCAUGCUUUUCUACUGCUUUUCCCUCGUCGGCUGAAGAGGAGGAUACGGAACUCAUGACCGUUUUGGCCCCGGAAGAAACCGUGCGGCAUAGCACCUCGGCCGAAGCGUACACGACGUCGGUGUGCAUUGCCCUGGGUCUUACGCACUUACGGUCGAACGACCGUGCUGUGGCCGACCGCGUUCCGAUUCCAGAAAAGAUGUACCAGCUGAAUGCCACGCCUCCGGAUCUUUUCGUCGCGCGCUUGCUGGCGCGAGGCUUGAUUCUCUGGGACGCCAUCGACGCGACUGCAGAGUGGGUGUUGCGACAGGUUCCGGAGUUCAUCGUUCAGCUCUGCUUGUCGCCGGAACAGCCUCCGGCCCGGAAGAAACGUGGUCGAGUCGAACUGGCAAAUUUGUUUGCUCUGAUGUUCGACCCGAGCACAUGCACACUGAGCACGCAUACGGGGAAUAAAAACCGCCAGAGCAACAGCGUCGCUCCUUUUCCUGCGCGUGCAGAGGACCACCAGGACCUGGAUUGGCUACUACUUGGCCAGUCCUUUGCCCAUGGCGUGGCCACCGCUUGCUAUUUGCUGGGUCUCAAGUACGCGGGAACGGCGAGUGCCAAAGCGUCAAAUCUGGUCGCACAGAUCUUGCUGAGUUUCCGGGAUCUUCAGCGGUUUCGCGCGACUCCCCCUGCCGUUCAGAAAGGCAAGCUUCAGCAAACGGUUUCUGUCGGCAGCACCCGCCGGCCACAGGAGGUCGUGCAAGCGAACUACACAUCAACCGCCAGCGCGAGUGGUCAAGCGGCAGCACCGAAUAGAAAUACUACGACAGAUGACUUCAAAAGUGAAGAGAAGCGAAGCCUUAUUUCCCUUGCAGCUCAACUCCCGGUUGAGAGCAGGAAAUCUGCGUUGCGGGGGGUCAGCAGCAAAUGCCUCGACGAUAGCAGUAUCGCCACGUGCCUGAGCAUGUGCGUGACAGCUUUGGGUCUGAUCAUGGCGGGCACCGGGGAUUUGCAGUGUUUCACACUUUUUCGCGCCUUGCGCAAGCAGUCCGACCUGGAACGCACGCACUUCGGCCAGUGGCUUAGCGUGCACCUGAGUAUCGGCAUGCUGUUCUUGGGCGGCUGUCAAUUCACGUUGUUGCGAGGGGACGGCUAUGAGGAUGUUGAGAAACCCGACCUAACUGCGACACCAGAACAAGCCAGCAAGAGCGCAAAGAACACGAAAGAUUUUAACUUCGGGGUUGCUUGCUUGCUACUGAGCACAUAUCCGAAGUACCCAACGAGCAUCACAGACAACCGGCACCACGUGCAAGCCUUCCGACACCUGCACUUCCUCGCUGCGCGCAGGAAGAAGAAGAUGCCGACUGCAUCGAUCCCGAAGAACAAGUAAAUUCCGGUGUAUACUCAAUCAUGUUGUUAGCGCGAACUACGUCUGCGUCGAAACGAAAGGAGCGUGUUCAGGGACGAGAAUAUAAGAACGCGAGUACUAAAGUGGUCGAAGAUGGUGCACCGCUCCUGAGUAUUAGAUCUGACCUGUGUGGACCCCAGCUGUACAGUGCUGGUUUGAGCGCGACUUUAGUAGAUGGAUCUCUGCAAAACUGAGUGAACCAUCUGGCUGUGGCUGCACACAGAGGAACUACGAUCAGUGGGUUUCCAGCAGGAUCAGUCGAUUUUUUGUUGAAGAUCAAAAUUUUCUUUGUCUUCAAUUCCUUUUGGGAAGUGGCUCCGCCCGGACCAGUGCUACAUAUUUUUGCUAUAAGACUGGACGAUCAUUUUUUCUUGUGGAAACAUUCUUUAUUACAGGGCCGGAAUAUUAUAAUAUAGGACUAGGAGAAGUCUACACGAGGACGAGUAUAUCGAUGUUUUUUGUUUAGACAUGAACGAGAUGAACUAGACAACAGGUAGCCCUAGCGAAUUGCAUGGUGGGAGCCCCUAGGAGUUUUUCGGAAAACGAAAAAGAGUCAUGGACGACGAAGACUACGAGUGGAGCGAUGCGCUGGAGGAGGCGCACCAAUCGGAGGAAGAUCAAGAAGAGGCCGGGGACCAAAACCCAGCCGGCGCAUCGGCGGCACCCACGAACGCGCGUCAAAGUGGGCCGCCACUGAAACCGGCCCUGCGCCGAAUUCCAGGCGCAGCGGCGGCGAAUAGCACCGCAAGGUCGCCCCCGGAAGAAGCGCCGCAAGCGAGGCACAGCAGUAGGCGCCGCGGGCUUGCCAGUUCGGAAAAAAGGCGUCUUGAAAAAGAUAGGGCUUCUCCGCACCAUCCUGGCCAGACUAGAAAUAGAAGAGCUGUGGAAGUCCCUGACCACAAAGACAGUCCCGCCGGAGGAAGGGAAGAAAACAACGGCGAAGACGAUUUUGCGACAUACACGAAAGUCCCGGGACGCGCCCGCAUUUCGAAAUGGUGGGCAAUGCACCAGCACGGGCUCGCGGAAGCAGUUUACUUCGAAAAGAAGUAUAACAUUCGCGAGGUGUUUUUCCGUUACGAAGGCCCCUGCACUUUGCGGGCGGGAGAUAAGAUUGUGUACAAGCGCGUGGAUGUGUCCUGUGCUUCGAAAAAUGAAGAUGGGCCAAAUGGUAUCAUUGAUGGGGAACUGUCUCUCGUCGAGGUCGAGCCGGUCAGGAUCACAGUGAGCAAUUCGAGGGCCGCCGCCUUGCGAAAUCAGGAGAGCCACGAGCUUGAGCAGCUCCUGGAACGACAGUUAGCUACGCGACGCGCACAGCAGCAAAGCAGCGGACCACGGGGGCGACAAACAAAGAUAGUUGUGGAGAGAACGGAGCUUACGGGUUUUGUUAAGUUCUGGUCCGCGGACAAAGGCAGCGGGUACCUGGAAGGGCCUGAGAUAUGGAAGCGCUACGAGACCGAUCUAUUUUUUCGCCAGAGCGCGCUGCCUCCAGGGGAAUCACCACCCUCACAGGGGGAGAAGGUCUAUGUUUCGGAAAUCGAGAGAACCAGGGGGGCCAGAGACCACACUGCUACAAAAGUGUCUUUCCUUGGCCGCAUGAGAGAGGUACUUACACACAAGAGUUGAUCUGGAAAUAGAGAGAGUUGCAGUUUCUCGAAAAAAAAGAUAUAAAAACACAAUUUCUUCACCAGUGCUGAUGCAAGUUCUUCUUUUGUUAUCGUUUUUAUUCCUUUCACCUUUCAACAAAAGUUUUUUGCACAUUGCUUGGCUAUGUGGAGGCAGACGAAAAACUUCAUAAUGGAUCAUUUACCUGCAGGUAAAACGCGUUGCGAACCGGAAACGACUGGAGGCGGCCGUUGUUCGUUGGUUUCCUGAGGAUGGGUUCGGGUUUCUGGAGUCAGAGCAGCUGGUGGAAAAGUGGGGCCAGCCCGUCUUUUUCCACGAAGCAGAUAUGGAUGAGGCCGCAGCUGCGAAGGUGCAGGUCGGCAGUAUCGUGUACUACGAUGAGAUCCACGUGGCCCCUCCGGACGAGCCCGGAGAGGAGGGUAUACCCAAGGCCAUCGGCGUUCGGGUGCGUAUCGCGCAAGGAGGCAGCCUGGGAACCACCGCCGCCGCCCCAAGCGAACCUGCGACAGCCAGUACUGGCGGAACGCGCAGAAGGAACUUAAAAAUGCCGAGACGGUCCUCGUCCGGGGCCGCCAGACGGUCGUCUGAAGAAGCGUUUAGUGAAGAUGAAGAGAAGGAAGAGGAAGAGGACCACCCCGCGAGGGAGUGUGGCAGAAGUCCUCGUGGUGCAACUGCAGGUACAGCUGCUGAUGACCAGAAGACCAACCGUCUGAAAGGCAUCUGUGGUGGUCCACCGGUCCUGCCCGUACGCCAGAAACGCGCGAGUGAGCCGGCCGAGCCGGAACCGCAGAUAAAAUUACGAAAAAUCAAUCCGUCGGUAGCCGGUGCAUCAAGCGACCGCGGUGACGCGACGGGCAUGAGGAGCAAUCAUGCCGGGGGCUGGAACAAAAAUCAUGAGCGAGGAGUUGAUAACAAUAACUACCAGCAGAGCAAAGGCACUACGCCAUACGGCACGAACACCGCUGGGAGCAGGUCUGGGCCUCCACACUUUCAUCCAUAUUCCGGAAACGCCGCAAAAAGUUCCAAGGCUGCUGGCAGCAAAGGCGGUGCCGGCAAUUGGACGAGUAGAGAUUACCAUAACAAUGAUCAUGCGUUGAAGGGGGGGAAAGAUAAGCGGAAUUCUGGACCCCCAAUACUACCAGCGCCCGGUCAGCGGAACGACGUCGAAGACGAGUAUUCGCGAGGAGAGGCCGGUCGGCCCGGACCACCAAUCGUGCCGCAUCGUUCUUGGCUACCGGAGAUGAAUAGAGGAAAUAAAGGGUUUCCGUUACAUCAGUCCGCGACAAAGGGGAAAGACAAAAAGGGACCCGCGGGGAUGCAUCAUCAACAUGCUGAUUCGCAAGCUGACCAGCAGGGACCACACAGUCUGACGUUUUCUCAUCUUUCGCAACAAGAGACGCAGUCGAAUUUACGUCCUACCACCAUGCGCCAGUUGAUUGUCCCGCCGCCGCCGACAGCACCUGCGCCGGUGACUUUUUCUGCGUUGCCAAGACCACCAAACCUGCGGCCGCUACCUGUUCCCACCGCUCCGGCAAGAGAGGUUGACGAUAUUGACGGAGAACCCUACGACGUCAGGAGAGGUGGCAAAGAACCGAGGAACGACUCGCGUGGCACCGCUGAGCUAAGCGCAAUGCCCGGACCCCCGUCCGCCUUUGCAUUAAAACUCAAAGACGCAUCAGAUAUUUCAAUCGCGCCAAGCAACCCUUUUGUAGCGGAUGAGUUGCGUGGAGGCGGGAUGCUCUACAACGGAUCCCAAAGUAGGGGGGCCGCUGAGAUAAAGUCACGCAUGCCAGCACCGCCACGCGGCGAACGGAACCGAGAACCAGUGCGGGCCGUUGCGUCGGAAAAAGGAGCUGGACUACCUCAGCAGCGGACGGCCUCUGAGCAAAAGGUGAAGAGCGCGGCACAGCGAGCAGUGGUUUCCAAAGCGGUGCCAGCAACCGCUCCAGCCCCCACUGCCGCAGCACGACCCGCCGUCGUUCCAAAAGCGGAAGCGACAGCAGGGACUAACAAGAAGGAACCAGUGCCGGCGGCAGCAUCCUCUCCUACGACUUCGUCUUGCAAGACUCUCACCUUCAGCAACCUUCCAGUAACCGCUCCCAGCGACUUGUGUAUCAAGUUUUUCCGCAAGGUGGGACGAGUCACGGAUUUUCGCUUUUUCCUCCUUCCUUCCGACCCGAGCAAGCAUAUCGGUCGAGGUCUUGUGACGUAUUCCACCCCGGAGCAGGCCCGCCAGGCGAUGCAGAAACUCGCGCACGGAAGCAUUUCUGCCGGGUAUCCUCCUUUAAAUCUGCAGUACCACACGUCGGGCGUUAAAUGAACUGCAACUUCUUCCUCUUGUGCGUCGCAGUCAGUCUUAUUCCUCAUAUGAUAAAAAAUAAAAUCGAUUUUCUCGGGAAUGCUGAGGCUGCCGAGUCAUCUCAUCCAUGUACGCGUUCUCAUAGUCCAUGUCGAAAUCUAGUCCAGCGAUUCAGCGACAAUUGUGAUGUAUUUGAAGUUGAUCACUAAGUACGUCAUUCGAUGCGCCACAGCAUAUUUCUUUCUGUAGCAGCAGGGCACGACCA